AUGAAAAUUCUUUAUUUCUCAGUUAUUGUUGACGCAGCAAUCGUUGUUUCUAAUAAUAAUAUCAACCAAGAUGAUAUUCAAGUUUCGCAUAUCAAGUCUCUUGUCUUUAAUGAAAUAAGUGAAAAACUUAAAUCACUUAAUAUUAACAAUUUUGCCAGUCUGAAACUUUGGAAGGUCGAUGGUAAAAAGCCCGUCGCUGCUGGAGGUCUUGGAGGAACAACUCACCGAAGACUGGAAGCAGCUUCUUCUAUGAAGAGAGAAUCAACUAUCAGCAAACCGUUUGAAUGUCUGCUUAAAGAACGCAUUAUCCUAAUUCGGUCACCACCAAUGACUGGAAAAACAUCUCUUGGACAACUACUUGAGGAUAAAUUGCUCAAACUAGAUGAAGUGCAGGAUGGUUCAGCUUGUGUUUUUCGCAUUUCGUUGUGCAAAAAAAUAUAUAGGCAUGAGAUUCACGAACUUCAUCAUGGCGGAAGUAUAUUUUGGGAUGCAUUUAAAUACAUAACGCAAUCCUCACAGCUUUGCAUUGUAGAAUUAGCAUCAUACGGACAUUAUGGCGCUUAUGCCACUAGUGGAAGUCGUUCAGACAUGGACAUUUCAUCUGUUAAUAACCUUAGUAUGAAAAACAAAUGGGGAUAUGAAGAUAUUUGUUUCACAAAAGAAGAAUUUCAUGAUUAUUUUCACAAUUUCUUACAUCCUGGUUUAGUUGCUUAUACUAUGAAUCACAUUGCCGAACGAUAUACUAAAAAAGAGAGAAAUUCUCUAUCUUUUAAUGUUUUUUCUUUUCUAAAGUUUCAUGAUUUUAACGAUCUCAUCAAGAAAAGGGGUCUUCCUUAUAAUUCGAAAGACAUUACAUAUGGUGGACGACUUCUUGUAUUUGUUGAUACAAGUCCAAGUCAAUCAGACAUUGCACUACACGAUUUUCCAGCACCAUUACUCUGA